UGCUAACGCCUGAGCCAAUUCUUCGAAUAAACAGCGGUCGGAAUUUUAUAUUUAAGCGGUUGCCUUUAGAAUUACAAUUUAGUGAUUGUUUUAACUAGUCGCUAGCCAAGUUGACCAGAGUUCUUUGGAUCCAUACAAUAAGAUGGCAGAAGUACCGCUACCCAAUGAACUGCAGCAGCUUUUUGCUUUUGUGGAGGGAAAGAAGUCUGAUUACAUUGAUACCCUCAAGACUGCUGUGGCCAUUCAGUCGGUAUCGGCUUGGCCAGAUAAGCGUGGAGAAAUUGAUCGUAUGGUGGACUGGACCGCAGAUAAAUUGAAGGCUUUGGGCACUGAAAUAGAAUUCGUUGACUUGGGUAAACAAACGCUGCCAACUGGCGAGGUGAUCCCAUUGCCGAAACUCUUGUUGGGCACUUUGGGCAAGGAUCCCAAGAAGAAGACUGUGCUGGUAUAUGGUCACUUGGAUGUGCAGCCAGCUUUAAAGGAGGAUGGCUGGAACACAGAUCCUUUUGUCCUGACUGAAGUCGAUGGCAAGUUAUUCGGACGCGGUGCGUCCGAUGAUAAGGGACCUGUUUUGUGCUGGAUUCACGCCAUCGAAGCAUAUCAGAAGCUCAACAUUCCACUAUCUCUUAAUGUGAAAUUCGUCUUUGAGGGCAUGGAGGAGAGCGGCAGUGAGGGUCUCGAUGAAUUGCUUAUGUCGAGAAAGAAUGAUUUCCUUGGCGAUGUUGACUAUGUGUGCAUAUCGGACAACUAUUGGCUGGGUAAGAAGCGUCCCUGCCUUACUUAUGGCCUCCGUGGUCUGGCCUACUUCCAAGUGGAGGUAGAAUGCGCUACCAAGGAUCUGCACAGUGGUGUCUUUGGCGGCACUGUUCAUGAAGCAAUGCCCGAUCUCUGCUAUCUGCUAAGCCAAUUGGUCGACAAGGACACUAAAAUUUUAAUUCCUGGUGUCGAUCGCGAUGUUGCUCCACAAUUGAAGAACGAGGCGGCAAUCUAUGAGAACAUUGACUUUGAAGUGGCUGAGUACAAGAAAGACGUUGGUGUUAACCACCUGCCACAUAAUGGAGACAAGACCAGGCUGCUUCAGGCUAGAUGGCGUUAUCCCAGCUUGUCCAUUCACGGCAUUGAAGGCGCUUUUUAUGAACCUGGAGCAAAGACUGUUAUACCCAAGAAGGUGAUUGGCAAGUUCUCCAUUCGUCUAGUACCCGACCAGGAUCCAGACCACAUCAAUGAAUGCGUUACCAACUACAUCAACCAAAAGUGGGCGGAGCGUGGGUCACCAAAUAAGAUGAAGGUUGUUAUGCUGUCUGCUGGCAAACCAUGGACUGAGGAUCCCAAUCAUCCACAUUACGAAGCUGCCAAACGCGCUGUCAAGCAUGUCUUCCAUGUCGAACCCGACAUGACCCGUGAGGGUGGUUCCAUUCCUGUUACUCUUACCUUGCAGGAGGCCACUGGCAAGAACGUCAUCCUGGUGCCCGUCGGCGCCUGCGACGAUGGUGCUCAUUCUCAGAAUGAGAAAAUCGAUAUCUACAACUAUGUCGAGGGUACUAAAUUGCUCGGUGCCUACCUUCACGAGGUUGGAAAGUUGUAAUCACCUUGGAACGAAAGAUUCACACACAAACAUAAUCACAUUGAAACGUCACAGCUGUGCACUUAUUUUUAUAAAUUUUUCUUUAUAUACAAUAUACUAUGCAUGAAUUUAAUGUUUUUUCAAAGAAAUAACAAAAUGAAUAUGCAUUUAUAAAAAAAUUAUCACCAAAUGUGUGAAUAAAAUUUUUAUUUCCUAAAAAAAAAAA